AUGUGGUUCAAUUGGCAGAAAAUCAGGACGAUUGAGCUCAAUGGGAAGACGAUUAAGCUGCAAAUUUGGGAUACUGCUGGGCAGGAGCGUUUCAGGACCAUCACUAGCAGCUACUACAGAGGAGCUCAUGGAAUCAUCAUUGUGUAUGACUGUACUGAGAUGGAAAGUUUCAACAAUGUGAAGCAGUGGUUGAGUGAGAUCGAUAGAUAUGCUAAUGAAAGUGUAUGCAAGCUUCUAAUUGGUAACAAAAAUGAUAUGGUUGAAAGUAAAGUUGUUUCUACCGAAACUGGAAAGGCAUUAGCAGAUGAGCUCGGAAUUCCCUUUCUUGAGACCAGUGCUAAGGAUUCUAUCAACGUUGAACAGGCAUUCUUAACUAUUGCUGGCGAGAUCAAGAAGAGAAUGGGAAGCCAGCCGAAUGCAAACAAGACAUCUGGAAGUGGAACUGUCCAAAUGAAAGGCCAGCCAAUCCAACAGAACAAUGGCGGUUGCUGCGGUUAG